CGUCGUCGCCAGCUGCUCGCCCUCUCAUCUCCAACCCGACCUCUCGCUCGACACAACCAGUGGGUCGAAGCAGGAGGAGCUUCUGUGGGUUCUCGAGGCUCAUCUCGUUCACCCACACCGGCCCUGCACGGCUUGUACAGCGUGCUGCCACGACCCAGCAUGCCGUCACCGCUUAUACCGCCCGAGCUGGUCGUUGGCGUCUUUCUGCACGGCUUCAAAGGCGGUGCCGACACCUUCGCCGAGUUCCCGAUGCGCCUGCAGGCGAUCCUCGAGCCUGUCGGCAUCGCACUCGACCCGGUCGUCUACCCGGCGUACGACACGCGUGGCGAGCUCGUGACGGCCGUCGUGAACCACGUCACGUGGCUCAAGGAGCUCGUCAAGGAGAAGGAGGCCAUGUUCAGGAGCCGAGGAGGGACGGGGCCGGUGCGGGUCAUCUUGUUUGGGCAUUCGAUGGGCGGCCUCGUCAUCGCCGACUCGCUCCUCGCGACGCUCUCGCCCUCGUCGGUCCCGAUCCUCGGCCUCAUCAUGUACGACUCGCCGCUCGUCGGGCUCAACCCGCAGGUGUUCAAGUCGACGUUCGACAAGGCGCUCGACGUCGCGUCCAAGGGCCAGGCGGCACUCGCCGCGCUCGGUGCCGGGUACGGCCUGCUCAAGACGGCGACUGGCGGCGGCGGCGGCGGCUCGAGCUUGUCAGGCGCGCCCUCCCCGGGCUCGGGCUCGUCUUCGUCGGCCAAGGCGAGCAGCUCGCGCUCGGCGACCAAGUCGUCCUCGUCGUCGAACGACAAGGUCUCGGUCCCGCCACCGGCCACCUCGACCUCGGCGACGCCCGGGUCGUCGUCGUCGUGGCUCUCGCUCCCGUACCUCGCCGCCGCCGGGCUCACGGCCGCCGGCGCCGCGUUCGGCGCGUACUACAACCGCGAGACGCUCGCGCAGCACUGGACGUGGGCGACGAGCCACCUGAGCUUUGUCGGCGAGCUGUGGAAGACGGACGAGCUCGAGCGGCGGUUGGAAAAGGUCGUCGGCGCGAGCGAGAAGGGCGUCGGGUUCCACUGCUUCUACACGCUCCUCCCGGCCAAGAACGGCAGCCCCUCGCGCACCUUUCUCGUCGUCCCACCCGCGCCGGCGCUCAACGCGCGCUUCUCGCCCGCCGAGGACUCGAGCGCCCGCGACGAGAUCACGGCGCACGUCAACAUGUUUGACAAGAGCCCGGGCACGUACGCGCUCGGGAGGGAGACGGCGAGGUUGGUCGGCGAGUGGGUCGACGAGGCGAGGGCGGGCAGGAUGGGGUGGUGGAAGGGCGAGCCGGCGGCGGCAACGGCGACGGCGACGGCGACGGCGGACGAGAAGGAGAAGGACGAGGCCGAGCGAGGAGCGGUGGCGCAGGACGAGGACGAGGACAUGCGUACCUGAGCGCUGCUGUAUAUAGACGCUGUAGCUCUCUCUCUCUCUCUCUUUCUCGCCCUGCAUCGUGUCGAUACCAGUGUUCAGUCUUU